CGUCUGUACUCCGCACUUCGAUUGCGGCGCGGUUGGAGACGCGUUUUCCCAGAUAUAUGUCAUUAGCCAGUGCCACCCUCCGCAAUCUAUGAUUCUCCAGCGCGUGUCUUUUCCUUGCUAGGUCACAAUGGUGCUAUUCAAACGGAAACCCGUCCAGUACCUCCCAAGGCCAGUUAUCGAGGAUGACAGUUCGGAGGUUUGGGUUAUUUCGGAGACGAAUGAGGUUUUCACCAAUUAUGAAUCAUAUCUCCAGCGCAUGGAUUUUUACAAACAGAGGAAAUUCAUCUGCGAGAUUACUGGUCAUUCCGGGCUGACCUUUUUCGAGGCUUUCCGAAGUGAAAUGGAAGAGUCGCGAGAGGUCAACAGCUCGUUCCCCGAUGCUUUGAAAGAACCUAUUUUGCGCAGGGCCCAGUUCUCCACGAUAUCGCGGGUCGAUAGUCUUGUGGACGAAAUCUAUGAAGAAUUCAAACAGGAUUUUUACCCCGGCGAGCAAGUUUUAAUCUUACUCGAUGAUAAUACGCGUUUACAUGGCGUGAUUCGGGACAAAGCCAACUUUCCGGAGCAGCUCUUUGCGGACGGAACUGUGAAAACCGCGGCCUAUGCGACAUAUUUGGUUAAGGUUUUGGACCGUCCGAACGAAGAAGCGCUUUUGGAUCAGGAACAUCUCACGCGCGACAGGAAGACCUUCACCAAGCAGAUGCUCCGGGCAUUUAUCAAAAAUAAUGUCACUAGGGAAUCUUGGAAUGGUGCUCCUUGGCUUGUCAAACCCUCCGUGGCGGAGGAGUAUAGGAUCUCAACGGAAGUACCGAAACACUUGCAAUAUGGAGCCAAGGUAGCUGAAAAGAAGGCGCAAAAGAAAGCAGACCAAGAAGGGUUCUUUGGUUUUUUUGCAUCUCAGCAACUUCCCGAGUUGAAACCGGCUCCUAAGGGCUCGAAGUCAAAGACAUCGGCACAGGAUUUGGCUCGUUCCAAGGAGGCACAAUUUCUCGAAUAUAAACGUUCUCUUAACGGCAACCCCGGGUUUGCUGUUGGCAGCAAACCAACGAACGGGACUUCUCGGCCUCCGAAAUCCCAAGACAUCGAUAAGAAAAUUGCAGCUGUUCCUUCUGUGAUAAUCAAAAGUGAACCUCCAAAACAACCGUCUCCCCCGCCCAUUAAAUACCCAAUCGAGGACCUCGAAAUACCUCCGGAUCGUGAAAAGAAGAAGCAGCGCCCACCGUUGAAAUUCUUGAAAGUGACUGAAUUUGACGAUCCCAACGAUGAUGACCUAUUGCAAGACGAUAUUGAGAUGGAGUCAGUAGGCCCAUUCCUCGAGGCAUGGAACACUCUCAAUGUGUAUUGUGAAGUCUUCCAGCUCGAUUCUUUCACCUUUGACGACUUCCUUCAGGCCAUGCGGUUUUCAUCAGAAGAGAUGGACUGUGAGCUUUUUGUGGAAAUUCAUUGUGCUGUUUUGAAGAAGCUGGUUAAUGCGGAAAAAGACGACAACGGCGCGAUCCAGAUUUCCCUUCCGGAACUCCCCUCUGAGGAAUCAGACGACUCCGAGGAGGAUGAGGAGGAAGAAAAGGAGCAGGAGGAGGAGGAAGAAGAGCGAGAGCCUACACCUGAACCUAUUGUGACAAGGAUGACUACUCGAAGUAGUCUCGCCAAGGCCGAAGCCGAAAAUUUGAUGGCGCAGAUUAACGGUCAUGCGGAGCCAGCAGAAGUCAAAGUCCAUCGAGCCUCGGAGAUGUUUGUUGGAUAUAGCUGGGUUGACCGUCUACGCAAGCGAGAUUUCCGCAACGGUGGAUGGGAAUUGGUCAUGGUCGGACUCUUGCACCAGUUGUCCGUUCGUCCCCGAAUGGAAAAGAUUUGCAAUGAAAUUCUCAAGCAACUUGCCCCCCUAGACGAGGAGCCAACGCAGGAAACGGCCAGCACGCAGUAUGCCAGUUUGGAUGUCAAUCUGCGCAUCCGGGCCCUCCAGAUUAUCUGCAUGCUCAGCCUGGAGACUAAGGCUAUUCGAAAUUACCUGGAAGAAUGCAGUUCCCAGAUGACAGAAUUUCGGAAAGAAAAGAUCGAGUACCAAAAGGCUCGAAAAGCAGCCCUUGAGGAACUUCGUCGGCUACACCAAGAACGGAAAGCGCUUCAGCCAGAACCCGAAAAAUCCUCAACCCCCGCCCCGGAGUUGGAAAAUCUGGAAGACUCGAAAAUGACCGGCGUGGACGGAGACUUGGACCAUGUCGCGGACUCUGAGGAAGAGGAGGCCCCCCAACGGUCCCUCCGUGGUGGAGUGGACCGGGCCAUGGAGCGGAAGCGAAAGCUAGAUGUAGAGCGAGAAAGAAAGGAGCAGCUCGCUAAGCAACCGAAGGGCUCGAAGCAAUACCAGCGGGUACUGAAGAAGAUCGAGGACCAAAAGGCGGCUGUCCAGAGAUUUGAGGACAAGAUUGAGGUGGUCGAUAAUGACUUGAGAGAGGCAGAUUGCCCGCGAACGAGAUGUCUUGGAAAGGACCGUUUCUGCAACCGGUAUUGGUGGUUCGAACGGAAUGCGAUGCCGUAUGGUGGAAUGCCUAAUAGCUCGACUGCUGAAGCUAAAUAUGCGAAUGGACGUCUUUGGGUCCAAGGUCCCGACGAAAUGGAGCGCCUUGGAUUCAUUGAUGUCUCUGAUGACCAGAAAAAGCAUUACCAAAAGGAGUUCCAUAUCACCCCGGCCGAGCGCAAGAAGAGCGAGGAAGGAUCAACAAGGCUUGCUCAAGCUUACGAAUGGGGCUAUUACGACGAGCCGGAGGCUAUUGAAAAGCUACUUGAUUGGUUGGACUCUCGGGGUGAGCGCGAGACGAAGCUACGCAAGGAGCUUCUACUGCAGCGCGAGCACAUUGUCAAGUAUAUGCAGAUUCGCCAGGAGUACCUGUCACGGAAAGAGGAUAAAGCGGAGUCGGAGGAAAUACCGGCCAAACGUGUGACGACACGAAACAAGACUUAUGUGGCGGAAGCGGACCGGCACCAUUGUCUCAAUUGGCGAAACACUACAGGUCUGGCUGAAAAUGGACACCUGCAUCUUGAUGCCUCGCGCCCAUCGAAGAGGGCAAGGAGAAACGCAGACGAACCGAAAGAGAUCAAGAUCUCCAACCGACAAGGCAAACCACUCACCAGACAGGGUGGACGAUACAAUUUUUAGAUUUCCUUAUUAUUUUGGAUUUAUUUUUUUGGUUAUUUCCGAUUCCUCGUUUGCCCGCAUUUCGAACAAAUUGGCGUUUUCUGGGGUUUCUUUUGGGGGGGGGGGGUUAUAGGUACAUUUCAAGCGCCCAGCUACAACAAAAAAAGACCGGGGGGGGUUUUCUCAUUUAGCACUACAUGAUGGACGCGACCAUGAACUUUCCUUGGACUCGGAUAUAUAAAGGUG